AUGAGUAUUUCGGCCAAUUCACUGGUCUUCACAAUCGAGGGUGGUCAAGUUUUGUUGCUGGUCGUGUUGAGAACAUGUGUUGGGUGGUUGAUGGCCGAGAAUGGUGAACGACGGGGAAAAGAUGUAGAGCCACCACAGUGCUCUUGGGAGGGGAGGAAAAAUGGGGUUAAUCUUGAAUUUGUGAAUUUACAGAGAAGCCUGCUAGCUUCACAGUUUAUUUCAUAUCAUGCCGAUCCUACCGAUGGUUUCACCUCCAUAGGACUAACGAAAGCCAACUUCGAAAUACAGAGGCCGUAUAAUAUUCCAGUCGAUGAACGAUAUCAAUUCAGUUUCAACGAUGGCGUAAGGCGUUUAUGGGUCUAUGCUAGUGACAAGCCGCACGCCCUUAACAGCCAUACCCAACCACGCACAGAAAUUAAAAUCAGAGGUCUUGACUAUUCGUCUGGAAUCAGGCAAUUCGAAGGCAAUGUUUUUGUGCUGCAAGGAACAUCUGGUGCCACAAUUUUCCAGAUUUUUGGUGCACCAAAGAAGGAACACCGCGGCGCGACGACAAUGAUGUUGGUGAUUGACAGUGGGAACCUGAGGUUCUAUGACAAGGACCUUGUGGCUUCAAAUGUUUAUGAUAGGUGGUUUAGAUUAAACGUGAUCCAUGACGUUAGUGAAGGGAGAAUCGUUGUUUUCAUCGACGGUGUUCAUACAUUUUCGACCAAGGUUGCAGGGAAAGCUCAUUACUACUUCAAAUUCGGAGUUUAUGCUUCGUCUAGAAAGAGUCACUACAUGGAGUCAAGGUGGAAAGACAUCAAAAUAUACAAAAAAAAAAAUUUGAGAAAAUAA